AGUGCGCUUGCGCGCAGGUUCUUCGGGCGCAUGCGUGCUCACGCGCGCCCCGUCCGAGCUAGGAGUGUACAAAAUCUGCGGGGGCUGGAGAGGAGUGGCCGUAGCAGCCUGGUGAGCCUUCUGGAAAGUGGCUGAGGGAGCUGGUCAGCGGGAAGGAGUAUCCAUAUUUCUGCUUCUGUGUCCAGUAGAGUUUUGAAACAUCAUGGAUAAUCUGUCACCUGAAGAAAUUCAGCUAAGGGCUAACCAGGUUACUGAUGAGUCUUUGGAAAGUACAAGAAGAAUCCUGGGUUUAGCCAUUGAGUCUCAGGAUGCAGGAAUCAAGACCAUUACUAUGCUGGACGAGCAAGGCGAGCAACUAAAUCGCAUAGAAGAAGGCAUGGACCAAAUAAAUAAAGACAUGAGAGAGGCAGAGAAGACAUUAACAGAACUCAACAAGUGCUGUGGCCUCUGCGUCUGCCCUUGUAAUAGAUUCUCAAGUGGUGGUUGUUUCUUUGAAACCAGGACGAAGAACUUUGAGUCUGGAAAGAACUAUAAGGCAACAUGGGGAGAUGGUGGCGACAACUCCCCUAGUGAUGUGGUGUCUAAGCAACCAGGCCGAAUAGCAAAUGGUCAGCCUCAGCAACGCACAGGAGCAGCCAGCGGCGAAUACAUUAAACGUAUAACAAAUGAUGCUAGAGAAGAUGAGAUGGAAGAAAACCUGACUCAAGUGGGCAGCAUCCUAGGCAACCUAAAGAACAUGGCUCUGGAUAUGGGAAAUGAAAUUGAUGCUCAAAACCAGCAAAUACAGAGGAUCACAGAAAAGGCGGACACCAACAAGGAUCGUAUUGACGUUGCCAAUACAAGAGCAAAGAAACUCAUUGACAGCUAAAGCGCCUGUUUCUCGGUUCUACGUCAUUUCUUGUUCAGAGUUUGAAAGAUUGUGAAGGAAGGAGCAGAGGAGGAACGCCUCCCUACUUUCUUACUUUCUGUCCUUCAGGGGUCGGUUCUGGCUCAGGCUUCCUCACAGUCUUUCUCAGCUCACACGCUUAGGCUGCCUUCCAUACGUCACACG